UCCAUGACAAGUUGUUGUUCUCAUCGUGGUUCUCUGUUGACCGUCCCGAACUUGUUGAUCAAAUAAUUCAUGUUUUCAACGAUCAUCACCUGAGAUUUAUCCAAAAAUUGUCUCCGAUUGCUGUAUAGUUUCAUCGGUGACAAUCUGACAAUGGCGGGGAAUGAACCCCCCUACCUCCCUGUUGGGACAGAUGUCAGUGCAAAAUAUCGAGGUGCUUUCUGUGAAGCCAAAGUGAAGAAAAUAGUUCGUACAGUGAAAUGCAAGGUGAUACUGAAAGAGACCCAGACAUCGGUGCUUGUCACGGAUGACAAUGUCAAAGGCACCCUAAAGGUUGGAGUGGUUGUAGAGAUUAAACACCCAGAAACCAGCCAGGUGAUGGAGGGUGUUAUCAGUAAGCUGAUGGACCAGAGCAUGUACACAGUGGUGUUUGAUGAUGGCGAUGAAAAGACAUUGAGAAGAACACAGUUGUGUUUGAAAGGGGAGAAACACUUCAUUGAGAGCGAGACCUUGGACAACCUACCACUCUCACAUCCUGAACACUUCGGUACUCCAGUGCUCCAGACAAAGAGCAGGAAGAGGACAGUUAAGAUGGGGUCACCAGGAUUCAACACCCUAUAUCUUGCCCAAGAGGACACUGAGUCGGAUGAAAGUAGUUCUGAGGACAGUUCCCCCAAAAGAGCUUCCUACAGAGGUCGUCAGCAGGAGCUGGUUGGCAAGGUGAUGGUCAUUGAGGCAGGAGACAAACGUAAAGGAGGUCCCAACCCUGUUCUAGUCGUACUUCCUGAUGCUGCCUCGAUUGAUCUCAAGACUAAGGAUCACGUUCUAGUGAAGUCUUUCAAAGAUGGGAAAUUCAUAUCUGUAUUGAAGAAAGAAUUAAAGGAUUUCACACGUGAAAUUGCCAUCAAGAAUGAGGACAAAAAUCUCAAAACUGCUUUAGAGAAAGCACUGCUGUAUUUUGACAAUCAUGAGCUACCUGGUCCAUGGAAGAGAGACGAAUUGCUGGGUUCUGAUGAGGAAGAAGACAGUGGUGAUGAUGAUUCCUCUGAUGAUGAGCCUAGUGAAGAGAAGGAUCGAUUUGUAGCCCAGCUGUAUAAGUUUAUGGAUGAUAGAGGAACUCCUAUCAACAAAGGGCCCAGUAUUGGAACACGCGACCUCAAUCUAUACAAGUUGUUCAGGGUUGUACAGAACCUAGGUGGUUAUAACAGGGUAACAAACCAGAUGAAGUGGAGACUGGUUUACUCAAAAAUGGGCCUACCACAAUCAAACACUGCUUCACAUCAAAUCAAGAAUGCCUAUAAGAAGUUCCUCCAUGCAUUUGAAGACUUCUAUCGUAAGCUUGGCAGUACCAUGGGGACCAUCAGCCGACCUGGUCGCAGUCGUCACAGUUCAGGAAGAAGCAUUCUCGCCUUCAGGGGGAGAGAGAAAGAGUCUAAGUCCCCCAAACCUGUCAAAUCCAAAGAAAGUGAUAAGGAGGACAGUGACAAGGGCAGGUCCAAGUCCGAUGAGAGUCAGUCUGAAGAUGGGAAGGAUAUGGAGGAGGAUGCUGGCUCUAAAGAUGAGGUGUCAACCAAGAAGGAGGAGUUAGACGUGGAACCAGUGCGCAAAGAGCGAACAACUCCACGUAGGAUGCUGCGGGAUGAUCUCAAGGAGGCCAAGGAGAAGGAGAAAGAAAAGAAGGAAGAAGCCAGGAGGAAGAAGGAGGAGAAAGAAGAGCAAGCAAAAUCAAAAAAGGAAGAACGAGAAGAAGCAAAAAGUAAAAAAGAAGAGAAAGAGGACGCUAAGAGCAAGAAGGAAGAGAAGGAUGAUCACAAGGGAAAGAAGGAUGACAAGAAAGCUUCUGAAGACGAUCGUAAGUCGUCUAGGAGAGAUAAGCAGGAAGAUAAGGCAGAUAGUAGAAAGGAAGAAAUGAAGUCUGAUAGAGAAACAAGAGGUCAGAAGGAUAGACAGAAGGAAGAAGUGAAGGUGGAAAAGGAGAAACCAAAACGGAAAGAGAAAGAAAAAGAAGAGGAUAAGGACAAGGAAGAAGAAACUAAAGGAGAGGAGGAAGAAAAAAUAGUGAAGAAGCAAAGGGUCACGAGGAGGAAGUCAGGGAGAGGGGAUGAGGCCAAGAAAGAAUCUGAAGAGAAGACUGACGAUGUAGCUGACGAGAAGAAGGUUGAAGAGAAAAAGGUCGAUGAGAAGAAAGUUGAGGAGAUGAAAGUUGAGGAAAAGAAGGUUGAUGAGAAAAGAAUUGGGGAAAAAAAAGCCGAAGAUAAGAAGGUUGAAGAGAAGAAAAAUGAGGACAAAAAAGAAGAGAAGAAGGUGAAGAAGGAGGAUGGAAACACCAAGGUUAAGAAGGAAGACAAGAAGGAAAGUAAGAAGGAGGACAGAAAGGAAUCAAAGAAGGAGGAGAAGAAGGAAGACAAGAAAAAAGAAUCCAAAGAAAGCCCCAAACCAAAGGAAGAGAUCAAAUCGAAGUCACAGGAAGAAGAGGAUUCUGAUGUUGAUGUUGAGGAGGGACAAGAAGAAAUUACACUGCGGCCACGGGAAGAGUUCCCCACUGGUACCAAACUGAAGGUCCGGUACGGUCGGGGGCGGAACCAGAAGGUUUAUGAAGCUAAGGUGGUUGAAGCAAAUAAAGAUGGAUCUCAUAAGACCUACCUGGUCCAUUAUGCAGGAUGGAACAACAGGUAUGAUGAAUGGGUGAAGGCAGACAGAAUUAUCUCGGUUGUCAACAGGCCAGAUACAGGAAAACACUCGCAGAAGAAAAUUGUGUCACCAAAAGCGCCAUCUCCAAAGCAGCUGCAACAGCAGCAACAAAAUCAACAGCAACAGGUCAGCAAUCUGCUGAAGAAGCGAGGCCGGCCUCCAUCUAGCGGCACCCCCAGUCCUGGAGGCAGCACUAGUGCAGAGUUCCGUACCCCUACCCCCAAGAGCAAGUCCCCAGCCCCUGGCAGUGGCCAAAGUUCCAAGACCCGACCCACCCGCUCCAACAGUAUGGAGGGACAGGUGAUGGAGGGACUGCCUCCAAAGAGACUUACACGAAGAAGUUCUGGCAUCACAGAAACCUCAGAUACAGUUUCACAUGCGAGUGAUGAAAGCAGUGACUCAGACAGUGAUGAACUAGAACAAAAGAUUGUUGUGGUGGUUGAGGAGCAUAAAUUGGAAAAAGACAAUGAUGAAUUUGAUGUGAAGGAGUCUGAGCAUGACACCAGCAUUGAGGAGGAACCUCCUGAGGAAGAGCAUGACACAAGUCUGGAGGAAAAGGACACUGAUGUUAGUCGGGAUGGAGAACUUGAUCUGGUUACAGCAGAGGAAGAAUCGUUGUUACAGUGCACAGAGGAAAUGUUGAAGUCAGAGGAAGAAGACAUGGAACAUGGAGAGGAACAGAUCAGUCCAUCCUUGGAACCAGAGCCUGCAAAGGUUGUGGCUGAGGAGGUAGAGCAAGUUUCUGAGGUCAUUGAGGUUAAAGAAAAUCCGGUUGUGAUUGAGGAACCCAAGAAAAUAACACCAACUGAGAAGAAAGAGGAAAUUGAGGAGAAAGCUAUGGAGAAGGAUUCUGCUCCAGAACUUGUGGCUGAGAAACCAUUCAAGGAAUUGGUGACAAAAUGUGUAGAUGGGAAAACAGACACAGCUGCUGAUGAGGCACGGUACGAAGCUUCAGAAGCUUUGCUGCAAAUGCCAGUUCUUCAUGAAGCUUUCAAAAAGUUGCCUGAAGAACCAAAAGAGAUUGUGUCAGAGGUAAAGAAACAGGAACCUUUGCCAAUGCCUGAGAUUAAGAAGAUUGAACCUGAAGUGCCAAAGAAGGAGAAGGAAGUAGAGAAGAAGGAACGGGGAAGGAAACAAAAGAAAGAUGUGAAAGAAGGAAAGAAACAGAAAGUUGUUGAACAGGUUGUGAUGGAAACCAAACCUGCAGAACCUCAUGUAAUGACACCUCAGGAAGCCAGGAUGAAGGCUGCAAUGGAUUUGUAUGACUUCCAGGGAUUUGAAGAACCAGAAGAGUUGGUGUUGAGGCGGGAUAAGAAGUCAGAUCUCCUGGGUAGGAGGUUCCUGACCAUUGACAAGGAGGUCAAGCCUGAUGUCCAAGAAGGUGAAGAAACAGAGAAGAAGAAGGUUAAGAAGAAAGUCAAGAAGAAAGUCAUCUCGGAAGAAGAUGGAAAGAAGGAGAUUGAUUCGAAGGAGGUUGUUAGUGAAAGUAGGAAGGAGAGUGAAAAGAAAGAGACAGAAGUGAAAAAGGAAUCUGUAAAGGAAAGUGCUAAAGUGAAGGGUCUGAAAGGGGAAAGGUGUGCUAAAAAAGAUUCUAAAAAGCUUAAAGAUGUGAAAGUUAGUGACACUGAACCAACUGAGAGUGGUGGUAAAGAGAAAAAAGAAAAACGUCCUCGAUCAAGGUCACCAAGUCCAGUUGACACUUGCUCAAAAGUUCUAAAAAUUGAACCUGUGUGUUCCUUGCCAAAACCAAGUACAAGUGCUGAAACUGUCUCCAAUGUCAACGAUAUACCUAAAGAAGCUGAGCCUGUUGCUGAGUUAAAUGUGAACACUAUGCUGGACAAUACUCCACCCACCACUCCAGAGCAUGAGCUGAAUGAGGCUGAACCUGCAGCCCCGAUCAGGACAAAUGAAGCUCGGGCUGAAAUGAAAGACAGUGUGCCUGUAGAACGGACAGCUAAACUCCGUAGUGAGUCCCCAUCAGUUGGGGAGUGCAGUGCAAGCUCCUUAGAGGUUAAUGAAAACAACAGUGCUCUGCCAACUUCUGAAAGUAGUAACGAUGUGGAAGUAGCAUCUGUGGCCAUUGGCAAGAGGAAAAGGGAGUCUGUAGACACUACACCAUCCAAGAAGAAGAAGCGUGUUAGUAAAGGUGGAAAGGCAGUAGAGAAGAAGAUAAAGACAGUUCAAAGCAGUGAUAGUGAUGAAACCAACACAGUGAAACAGCCAAGUCCAGUCCACAUUCCUGGACCAAGCUCCCCUAUGAAGAUGCCAGAAUCUGCUCAAACCAGGUCCCCCCGACCUCCCAAAUACAACUUCAACAUUGAGGAGGGCAAGUACUUGGAGGGAGAAAAGAGGAUAGAGUUCCUCAUAGACAAGAUGCAAGAAAUUCGCAAAAUCUAUAUGAAUCUCAAACAGGAGGUAGCAUGUAUUGAUAGACGGAGGAAACGUGCAAAGCGGAAAGAAAGAGAAAAUUCCCAGUCAUCCCAAAUGGACUGCGACAGUUCAUGAAACAAGUCAGUGUGCCACCAAGGUCAAACACAUGGUCAGGUGUCACCACGAACUUUCAUCCACAACCUAGAUUUUUAACAUUCAUUCAUAUUAUGUCAUUGUCGUCAUCAUAUCAUCUCUUCCAGUAAAUCAUUCAAAAACAUCAUUAUCAUUAUCAUCACUGCAUCAGAAACCCCAGUCACUGCUCAUGCUGAGCUCCGUGUGAAGAACUGAUACUCAUUCAUGAUUCCAGUAGUCUCAUUCAGUUGUUGUUUGUUUAUCAUCAGUAACCGUGGUAACAUUUGUGCAAUUUUCUGUCAGUUGAACUUUGAAAUUGAGUGAGGUGCAAGUCCAAAACUUGAUAAUGAAAUGGAUAUUAUCAGUAAAUGUGGAAGGAUUGAGUUGCAGAUGGAGUUGAUUUAUGGAUUUCAACUCGUUUGUUCUUUCAAAGCUACAAUUUGGUACAGAUUGUAGUAACUUUGCCAUGUUUGUUUGUCUGCUAGAGCCAUGUAACAUGUUAUAGUUGGUUUUACAAUGGUGGAACAUCUUGUCAUACUGUCAUAGGUUUGAACAAAUAUGGAAAAGCCUGUAUGCAUCGAAGAAAGUAUGCAAAAUAUCAGUGACACCAGCUGUAACUUCAUACUUGAAAUUGCUAACACAGUAGCCAGUGCUAUCCACAAUGAUAUUUUAGGAAAUAUAAUUUGUUAUUUAUUAACACCAGUGGUGAACUUGCUGUAAAUUUAGGAGCCAGUAUAAUGUAAAUGAGACUCUACUACCCUUGGGAUAUCUUAACAUUAGACUGAUUCAGGGUAGCUGACUAGUGGUAUCCAGGAGCCUCAUGGUGUACAAUCCCUCUGUUGGUUUUGUUUUAAUGGAUUUUGUGGGGAAAAAACCCUGCAAUGUGGUUGUUUCAUGUGAAGAAUUGAACUGUUGAAUCUGAUUGCAACCUAAGUAGAAUCUUGUGCAUAGCUAACCAGGAGUAUCGUAACAAUGGUAACACAUCUUUAUAUUUCUGUAACUACAAAAUGGUGAUGAAAAGGUGUAUAAUCUGUAGUAAAAUCAUCUCAAAGUGCUUUCAAAGUUUACCCAAACAGAAGAAAACUGUUUUCUUGAACAGCAAUACUAUGGAUCCAUUGCCAUGACUUCUUCUUCCACACUGAGAACCAAUUCUAUUUUGUAUAGUUUUACAUGCUGGUUAUUGUACAUGUUGUGUGAUGUGCAUGUAGACUGUUGGAGGGGGGACAUGGUCCAUGUGGCUGGCACCUUCGUGUGCUGGCUCCUCAGAUUGUGUAUGAAAUACACAGGAAAUGUUCUUUGAUGAUGUGUACAUGAUGUAUCUUGCCCUGAUUAAAGUGCUCUUGAAAGGCCAUACAUGUUAUAUAAUGUUACAGUUAUAUGUACCACAGUGUUUCAUUUCAUUCAGUGUUACACCUUCUGAAAUGGUGUUUACUGUAAUCAACAUGUUUAGUUCCUCAGUUUUCACUAUAUUCAGAGAUGGACUUGACUUGAUGACUAUGUUAUCUGGUAUGUGCCAGUAUGUCUCAAUUUGGGCUCUUGUGGGAACAUGAUAAAGGCAGUCAAACUGUGCAUGUUAAAGGCAAGGCCAUCUUAUGGAAACAUAAGACAGAGAAAUAGGGCUGUCGUCUGCCAGUCUUGUACACCCACUACCUAUAACGAAUUGUUACUAAAUAGCUGAAACAAUGCUAAUGCCACAUCAUAUUUGUACCCAUUCCUACAUAUCGUAUAACCAUUUGUGGCCUGAUUACCUGUCUGCAUGCAGGAAGGGAGCACAGUGCCAAGUGCUGUGUCACCAUUUGUGGCCUGAUUACCUGUCUGCAUGCAGGAAGGGAGCACAGUGCCAAGUUCUGUAUCACUAUUUGUGGCCUGAUUACCUGUCUGCAUGCAGGAAGGGAGCACAGUGCCAAGUUCUGUAUCACCAUUUGUGGCCUGAUUAUCUGUCUGCAUGCAGGAAGGGAGCACAGUGCCAAGUGCUGUAUCACCAUUUGUGGCCUGAUUACCUGUCUGCAUGCAGGAAGGGGGCACAGUGCCAAGUGCUGUAUCACUAUUUGUGGCCUGAUUACCUGUCUGCAUGCAGGAAGGGAGCACAGUGCCAAGUGCUGUAUCACUAUUUGUGGCCUGAUUACCUGUCUGCAUGCAGGAAGGGAGCACAGUGCCAAGUGCUGUAUCACCAUUUGUGGCCUGAUUACCUGUCUGCAUGCAGGAAGGGAGCACAGUGCCAAGUGCUGUAUCACUAUUUGUGGCCUGAUUAUCUGUCUGCAUGCAGGAAGGGGGCACAGUGCCAAGUGCUGUAUCACCAUUUGUGGCCUGAUUAUCUGUCUGCAUGCAGGAAGGGAGCACAGUGCCAAGUGCUGUAUCACCAUUUGUGGCCUGAUUAUCUGUCUGCAUGCAGGAAGGGAGCACAGUGCCAAGUGCUGUAUCACCAUUUGUGGCCUGAUUAUCUGUCUGCAUGCAGGAAGGGAGCACAGUGCCAAGUGCUGUAUCACCAUUUGUGGCCUGAUUAUCUGUCUGCAUGCAGGAAGGGAGCACAGUGCCAAGUUCUGUGUCACUAUUUGUGGCCUGAUUACCUGUCUGCAUGCAGGAAGGGAGCACAGUGCCAAGUGCUGUAUCACCAUUUGUGGCCUGAUUACCUGUCUGCAUGCAGGAAGGGGGCACAGUGCCUAGUGCUGUAUCACCAUUUGUGGCCUGAUUACCUGUCUGCAUGCAGGAAGGGAGCACAGUGCCAAGUGCUGUAUCACCAUUUGUGGCCUGAUUACCUGUCUGCAUGCAGGAAGGGAGCACAGUGCCAAGUGCUGUAUCACCAUUUGUGGCCUGAUUACCUGUCUGCAUGCAGGAAGGGAGCACAGUGCCAAGUUCUGUCACUAUUUGUGGCCUGAUUACCUGUCUGCAUGCAGGAAGGGAGCACAGUGCCAAGUGCUGUAUCACCAUUUGUGGCCUGAUUACCUGUCUGCAUGCAGGAAGGGAGCACAGUGCCAAGUUCUGUGUCACUAUUUGUGGCCUGAUUACCUGUCUGCAUGCAGGAAGGGAGCACAGUGCCAAGUGCUGUAUCACCAUUUGUGGCCUGAUUACCUGUCUGCAUGCAGGAAGGGAGCACAGUGCCAAGUGCUGUAUCACCAUUUGCAUCCUUGAGUCACACAAAGUUCUUCAGGAACAACAAAAUAUCAUAUACAGUUUUUUGGGGGGAUAUUCUUAAGAGUAAAUAAUGAUUUAACAGAGUUUUCAAAUAGUGGCUGUUUUCUCAUCUAUUUUAGUUGUCAUUUCAAAGCCUACGAUCAAGGUCAUAUUGUCCUGUUUGAAACAGAGACAUUAUUGUAAUUUACCUAAUCAUUAAUGGAUCAAAAGCAAAUAUACAUGUGAAGUGUACGCACUUAUGGACUUGUAUGUGAACAGAAAAACACCUGGAACUAAAUAUGUUGAAUACAUUCUUGAGGUUGUCAUGGUUUCAAAUGCGUUGAAGUAAUGUUUUAUAUGUACACAUGAGUACAAAUCUUCAUGUUUAAUCACAUAACACCAUGACUACCAAACUGAUAUACCGAUUCUUCAAGGUCGAGCUCAUUAAGAAUGAAAUAGACAAUGUCGGCUAUGUAUAUUUCUGCUACAUUUUUGAAUCCAUGGUUAUGAAAUAGCAGUCUGUGAUGUGUGUGUAUAGAAUUGGCUAUAUUGUGUUUAGUUCUGCAUACCAUUCAGCACAAAGAACGUCAAGAUUGUAUCAAAACCAUAUUUUAUUUCUUUGCAUUUAUUGGUUCAGUAUUUCAUUCAUGCCAUGUACUCAACUUAGUCCACAACUGAUGUAGGUCACUGGAUUUAGUAUUGUUCAAAACGUAUGCAGUCUCUCAUCACACCCUCCGAACAGAUUUGAUCUUGGUUUAACGAUCAGUGUUUUGUUUGUUUUGUGACUGUUGGUUGAUCGAUUAAAGUGCUAUGAUUUACCCAGAGUUCAAUCUUUCUAGUCUUGCAGUGGUUACAGACAUUCUUGUUAGAACCAAGGCCAAUUUGUAUCACAACUUGAACAGCUGAAAAAUCUUCCAUCGUUUGUACAUCGUGUUUGCAAUAUUGAAUAUUCAGCUAUUUUUGCAUGUUGCCAACUUAUCUUUUGAUAGAGGCAGGCCUUUGAAUUAAGCCUGUUCACAAAUGAAAUCUCAUAAAAAUAUGUACACGAUAUAUUGUCAAACAUUCCAAUCUGUGAUUUAGUAAGAUUGCACAUUUUGAAAAAUAUGGUGUUUUUAUUUGUCGUAAUUAUAUAUUUUCAAAGCAGUAGCCUUCUAGAAGUAGCCACCAAGUGACUGAAACACAAAACUGUUCAAAUAACGCGAAAGAGUAUCAUGUCAAUCAUGACUAGUCAUCAGUGGGUCUAACCUAUUAAGUCACCAUGUACUGUUUCUCAAAACAGUUACCAGUAAGAAGGUAACCUUGACAAAUAACCACUGGAAGCCUUAAGAUGAAAUAUAUGAGUAUUAUCAGGAUUAUUGGUGAGUGUAAAGUAAUAAUUGACUGUUUUUACAUCACAACAAAGAUAAUGUGUCAUGGUGUAUGUGAGUGUACCACCCAUCUUUGUGGAUGAGGAGGACUAAAGUAUGUAGAUUAAGUUACCACUUCCAUGUGCCUAUUCACUUCACCUGGUGGCUUACAAAUGAGCUUGUGUCAAAUAUUUGUGGGGCUUAUGGUUAUGCUCCAUUACAUUUUUUGUGUUUGAAAUUUGAAUAAAUUUGAAGAUUACAGUGUCACAUGUUCAUUUGAACAGUGGUCGAGAUUUCUAGUACCUGUGUAAGCUAUGUUCAGUUUGUUCAUGCUGGUAUUUGUAGGGCUGUUACAAAGCGUUGUCUUUGUGUCUUCCUGAUGAGAUGUAAAGGGGUAUUUUUAGUGGAGGUAAGCUCUGGUAGUGAAACGUGUAAAUCUGUUGAAAGCAGAUAUGUGGUGUGCAGCUGCUGAAGUUGGUUUGGGCUUCAUAAUGCUGAAGAGCAUUUUGUGUUUUAAUGCAAAUUAUCGUGGAAAAGGGCUAGGCCAACUACUUCCACAGUGUCAUCUUAAUGCGUAGUCUGUGUUAUUUGUUGAUGAUUGUCUUAAUCAUAGGGAUGCUUUGUGCAACUGUUUUGUAAAUAGUCUGUCCUGAUGUAUUUAUUUUUGAAUAUAUUUGUGACAUGAUUGUUGAAGAAACCUGAAGUAUAACGUUGGCUUUUGGUAGCCUAGUGGGGGGAGUAGUUGCUUAUUAUGUCAAAGGUCACUUUGUGACCCCAUGUUGAGUCAGGAAUUUUGCUAAAAGAAGGGUAAGAUACACUUUCUAAAUUCAAUACAUAUUUAGAUUAAACAGUUCUUGAUUACCACAUUACAAGUCAUUAAACAUUACAGAAUAUGCAGGAAACUAAUUGUAAUGUUCCAACACUUCAUCAGUAGCUGUACACCCGUUGUUCCCUUUGUUACAGUCAAUGGUUACCUCUUUGCUGGAGGGGCGGUGGGGUAGCCUAGUUGUUAAAGCGUUGGCUCGUCACGCCGAAGACCCAGGUUCGAAUCCCCACAUGGGUACAAUGUGUGAAGCCCAUUUCUGGUGUCCCCUGCCGUGAUGUUGCUGGAAUAUUGCUAAAAGCGGCGUAAAACCAAAACUCAGUCAGUCAGUCUUUGCUGGACCUACUCAUAGCAGGCUGGCAGUCAAAGGUCUGUCGCUUUCAUACAUAGUGCCUGUGAUUUCAGACACCCUUCCCUACCCUCACCCCCGACCCCCCUCCCAAUGUGAAGCUUGUUUGAUUGCUAGGACUCUUAAUAUGUGAUUUCAAACACCCUUCCCCACUCACCCCCAACCCCCCUCCCAAUGUGAAGCUUGUUUGAUUGCUAGGACUCUUAAUAUGUGAUUUCAGACAACCUUCCCUACCCUCACCCCGACCCACCUCCCAAUGUGAAGCUUGUUUGAUUGCUAGGACUCUUAAUAUGUGAUUUCAAACACCCUUCCCUACCCUCACCCCCAACCCCCCUCCCAAUGUGAAGCUUGUUUGAUUGCUAGGACUCUUAAUAUGUGAUUUCAGACACCCUUCCUCCCCAACCCCUUCCAAUGUGAAGCUUGUUUGAUUGCUAGGACUCUUAAUAUGUGAUUUCAAACACCCUUCCCUACCCUCACCCCAACCCCCUCCCAAUGUGAAGCUUGUUUGAUUGCUAGGACUCUUAAUAUGUGAUUUCAAACACCCUUCCCUCCCCACCCCCCUCCCAAUGUGAAGCUUGUUUGAUUGCUAGGACUCUUAAUAUGUGAUUUCAGACACCCUUCCCUCCCCAACCCCCUCCCAAUGUGAAGCUUGUUUGAUUGCUAGGACUCUUAAUAUGUGAUUUCAAACACCCUUCCCUCCCCAACCCCCUCCCAAUGUGAAGCUUGUUUGAUUGCUAGGACUCUUAAUACGUGAUUUCAGACACCCUUCCCUACCCUCACCCCUUCGACCCCCUCCCAAUGUGAAGCUUGUUUGAUUGCUAGGACUCUUAAUAUGUGAUUUCAGACACCCUUCCCUCCCUCAACCCCCUCCCAAUGUGAAGCUUGUUUGAUUGCUAGGACUCUUAAUAUGUGAUUUCAGCCACCCUUCCUUACCCUCACCCCCAACCCCUUCCCAAUGUGAAGCUUGUUUGAUUGCUAGGACUCUUAAUAUGUGAUUUCAGACACCCUUCCCUACCCUCACCCCAACCCCCUCCCAAUGUGAAGCUUGUUUGAUUGCUAGGACUCUUAAUAUGUGAUUUCAGACACCCUUCCCUACCCUCACCCCCCUCCCAAUGUGAAGCUUGUUUGAUUGCUAGAACUCUGCAAUAUGUGAUUUCAGAGACUUGUGAACAACUAUCUGGAAUGAACAAAGUUUAACUAUUUUAAAUGGAUGUAUUUCUUGUAUAGAUAUAUUUCAGUGUUCAACAGGAAAUUGUGAUGUUGAACUACUUCCAUGGCAGUAUUUUGAGAAAAUGUCAAUCAUUACUCAUAUGAUAUGUAAGGAGAUAUUUUCAGUGUUUUAUAUACCCACAAUUGCUUACAAAGCAACAAUAAUUACUCCCUUAUGCACAGAUUCUAGGUAAGGCAUUGUUCUACAAACUGAUUGAAAUGUACUGAUCAUUAUGCACUUUUAGUACCAUCUAGAUUGCCAUUGUUUUAGCCCAUGUUUUAUUUGUAUAAAACUAAAAUAACCCUGUUUAGCAGAUUUUUGUCUGUGAAUGCCACCCUUGUUAGAAUAUGUUUUAGUGAGAAUUUUGGAUGUUUUAAAAUGAAUUUAUAACAGUAUUGAUUCUGCCAAAUGAGCCAUACUUAGAAUGUGUAUGUGACCCUUGUCUGAACAUUGUGAAUACCAAGAGCUUUAUUAGAUACAUAUCUUGUGUAUAUAGCCGGUGUCAAUAGAGACACGGUUUUACACACACCUAUCGGGAACAUUUUCCACUUACAGUAUCCUUGUUAAUUCAUCCUACAAACCAUUCACAUUGAAUAAAGUAUUCCUGGAACUACAACCAUAAUGCUGCAUUGGGUAGCUUUGAAUCUUGUGGCCUUGGGUGCUACUCUCUGUUCCUAGUUAUGUACUUUAGCCCUGCCAGGAUACACUAAGUAUUCUCCGAUUCCCCUGAAUUAGGUUCAUUGGAUUGGCAGUGUUUGCAGGUUUGCCAAAGUGCUAACUCUCUAUAACUAUCAUCACAUUUGCUGUUUUCCUGUAAAGAUACUAAAGUACUGAAAAUGUAUUGGAAAAAAACUGACAGAACUUUUGUUUCUUGAGUUAGAGCAAUUCAUAAAUACAAAUUUAGUAAAAGAGAAUGCACUUGGAGGCAUCUGGGAACAACAACCGCACUACAUCAUGAUAGAUGUCAAGUGAACUUUCUGAGUCUGGACUUGCUGUGUGUCAGAUUUGUGCUCUUGGAUGUGGUAGGAGUAGUAUGUAUCAUGUUAAAUCAGAAGGAUGUUUUCAUAUUUAAAUGUUCUUGAGUGAUAUCAGUCAUGGAUUCUGUCUUUUUCCAGAAAUCUAAAUUUAGUUACAACCAGCUAACAACUGAUUUAAGAAUUGUUUUAAUUUUUUUUGGGAUUAAACUUAAUGUGAUAAUAACCUCUUCAGUGUCCUAUUGAAAAAUUAGAUCUGAUAUUUUGUUUAAAUAUAUCUGCCCUAACCUACAUGAUUAAAAUAUUUGGAGUAAUCUGUAGACAAAUGGUAACCUUACAUGAAUUUAGCAGCCGGCCUGCUAAUUUACGGAAAAUGUCAUGUUGAUGAAAUAGGUUUGGGCAUGUUAGUAUAGAGUGACUAGGCUUUGUAUUGAGGAUGCUGAACUUCCUUGAUACAGUAUCAUUAAGUGAGAACAGUGGGAGGGUUAUUUAGUACUUGUGGAGAGAGAGAGAGAGAGGACAGUGACCACAUCUUGACAUUCUACCCUCCAUCCAUUUUAUAGUAUUCAGUUGUCACCCACAGUAGUUCAUGAAGUCAGACUGGUGCAAUAUGGGAUAGUGCCUGAGCAGGGGGUGCCGUUCAAGGACAAUUCCCUUGUAGAUGUAGACAUCCAAAUAUAAGGUUUUCCGAGUGAGAAGGAUUGGUACUUGGGAGCAGAUAAUAUUUGUUUGCUCGGUGGAAAGGAGUUUACAUUUUGAGAACAUUAACAAGAAACUGUUAUUGUUAAUGUGUUGAAAAUGUCAAGAUGUAUUGGAAUGAAGAAACAUGUAUGGAAGUCACAAGGGAAAAUCAAAUAUUUUUAUCGUUUGAUUGUGGUUUGUUUCGGUGACUGCUAUUGAUACCAACCAAUCCUUCACAUGCUGCAAGGGUAUUGUGGUACACCAUAUAACUAGGAUUGGCCAGAAAGAAAGCCAUUGUGCAACAGAUGUACAAAUACAUUUGAGGAUACAUUUUCUCACAAGCAAAAUCCAAAGCCAGACAAACCAGCUUAGACUGCAAGCACUGAUAUUUUGUGCGGAAAUUUUGGAAGGUGGAGCUUCCCUACCAGCUUGAUACUGCACCAGACUAAAUCAGUACUUGAUCAAGGCAGGUCCUGAGUCCAGUGUGAAUCCUAUGGUGUCCAUCACGGUAAAAUCAAACUAGAAUUACACACCUGUAAUUGAUAAUGAUGAAUGGUUUUACACCAAAAAGAAAGAAUUAUGAAAGUGACAAGCAGUGUUAAGCAAUGAGGAGGGAAAUCAACCUGACUAUUCUUAUACCAUUGUUCCAAGAAUGGCAUGGUGAGUUGAGUUCAUUGGAGUUCAAGAAUUGAACAUUUCUUGUAUUCCAGUGGGUUUCAGUGGUGUGCUUAUUGUUAUGUAAUAUCAUGCAGACAUUCUCUGUGUUGAGCCUUCUCAUAUGUCCUUACGGACUUGUUUCAUAUGGAUUGUCAUUCUCCCAAUUGUUUGUACAGAAUAUCCAAAUUGAUGAUCUGCAAUGCUACCUGGUAUGUGUUGAACCAUACAAUGCACGAUUACAUAAUUUAUUCUUAGUCAAUAAAUCAAAAUACCUCA